UAUUAUUACUAUUCUUGUUAUUCCCACACCCAACCAGUAAAUAGAAUUUAGAAUAAUUAUCCCGCGCCCACCAACCUAUCAUUUUCUCUUAUUUUCUCUUCUUCCGGCAUAGUCAGCGAUUUUCCAGGCAUUAUUAUUUAUUGAUUUAACCAUUCCUUAUCUCAUCUUAUCCUGUCUUAUCCUGUCUUGUCCUGUCCUGUCUGUCGUGUCUGGGAUCUUCCCGCCGGUUCCCUUUCCCUCACGUGCUGGCGCUGUCUCUGUCCGUCUCUCCACCGCCGCCGCCGCCGCCGCCGCCGCCGUCGUUCGUUCGUUCGUUCGUCGCUCGUCCGCCCGUUUGUCCUCGCCUCCUCAACCUCACUCAACCUCAACCUCAACGUCUGCUCUCGCCUGCUCUCGUCUGUUCUGUUCUGUUCUGUUCUGUUCUGCUCUGUUCCCCGUCGUCGAGUCGAUUCUGUGCUUGUCGGCUACAGAGAAGUUCAAGGGACUCCGGUCUAUCACUCAGCCCACCUUCUAUCUCUAUGCAGAUGUCCUUUCUCGCCUCUCUCUGCUGUCCGUGAUAAUUUGCAUCCUCUCAGAGCUGGUCCUGUGUGCUACCUCGGACAAAGUGCACCGGACACUUUUAGUUCUACCUUAUCUCCUCUUGCGCCCCUCCCACGCCUCUCUGCCUGUCAGUGUGUAACAGCCGUCCGUCGUUCUUAUCCAGCCAUUGGCACAAGAGUGGAUUUCUGAUGCCUUGAUGCCUCUCGCCUGAAGAACAAAAAGAGACCCUUUCUUUCACCUACCAGAGCUGCUUUGGUCCAACCCCCGCCUCCGUUUUAUUUCUCCCCAGAUCUUGGCAUUCUGGCAGCUGCCUGGCUCUGCGUUUUCACUUUCUUAUCGAUAUCGAUACGUGGGAAACGGCGAAUCUUUGCGAAUCGUUAUCAUCCCCGCUUGGAAAACAGCCUGUAGGCUUCGUUCGGGCGCUAACGCACUUGUGCGCUUUUUCUAAACCCUUCUUCGGUUAUUUCUCUUCUCCCUCCCCCCCCCUCCCUUUUUUUUUUUUCCCUUCAUCUUCUUCUUUCUUCGUCCUGCUCUUGCUCGCGAGGCAUUCUAUCAGACGCCACAAUUUCCGCAGCAAUGGCGGGGAAAAUGAAGCUGUACAAGCUGGUGGUGCUGGGAGACGGAGGUGUAGGCAAGACCGCCCUCACUAUCCAGCUGUGCCUAAACCAUUUCGUUGAGACAUACGACCCCACCAUUGAAGAUUCUUAUCGCAAACAAGUUGUUAUUGACCAGCAAGCAUGCAUGCUGGAGGUGCUGGAUACUGCGGGACAGGAAGAAUACACCGCCUUGAGGGACCAAUGGAUUAGAGAUGGCGAGGGUUUUGUGCUGGUCUACAGUAUCACAUCGCGCUCUUCGUUCACCCGGAUACAAAAGUUCCACCACCAGAUUCAGCUGGUCAAGGAGUCAGCAAGCUCUGGAUCACCAACAGGUGCCAGCUAUCUUGGAGCCCCCAUAAACUCCCCACCUCCCGGCAUGAAAGUUCCGGUGAUGCUAGUGGGGAAUAAAAGCGACAAGGCUAUCGAACGAGCGGUUUCUUCACAGGAAGGGUCCGCGCUGGCUAAGGAGCUUGGAUGCGAUUUCGUUGAAGCCUCAGCUAAAAACUGCAUCAAUGUGGAGAAGGCAUUCUAUGAUGUAGUUCGCCUGCUCAGGCAACAACGGCAACAACAGGGCGUUCGACAACCACUUAAUAGAGCGCCUGGUACGCAGCGGGGGGAGAACGGGGUAGACAAUCCGGCAAGAUUCCAAAACAAUCGCCAAAGAGGACAUGGGCGGGGCUUAAAAUGUCUGAUCCUCUGAAUUAAUAGAAGAGGGGGAAAUCAAACACAAAAAGAACCAGAUAAAAACCAGAUAAAAACCAGGAAGAAAAUAUUUACAGAAAGAGAUGCAUGAUGGAACUAUCAAACAGAAAGAAAUGAUGCAACAUUUCGAUCGCUGGGAUUUUCUAUAUUUUCCCGUUUUACGCUAUUGCUGGGAUUGGUGUGGACCGCGGACGCACCUACUACUUCAUAUUUCGGCACUGUACGGCUGUCAUUAACUCCAUGUCUCCUUUUCUACGACUUCUAUUUACUGUCUUGCUCAACAACAACACUCCUCCGAACCACCCUACACCGGGCUCUGUUUCGUUUUUACGCCUGCAACGUGGGAUGACGCUACCGUGACGCUACCGUGACGCGCACUACUGCAUAUCGGCCUAGGAAGUACGAACUGUCCCUUCUUCCCUCAUCCGCGCCACUUCCCUAUAUUCUCUAUCGACUUCCCCCUGCUUGGUGCUCUCUCGUUGCGUUAUUUCUCCUUUUUAUUUUAUUCGGCGCAUUUGACUAAGGGAUGGGAUGCCCGAAUCGGCUCGCUUUCUUUACUUUUCCUUUUACUCUUACUUCUUUGAACUUUGCUGGUUUCUCAUCGCUUCGGAACAAUGAUUACGUGUCCGGCCGGACACCGAACGAAAGUUUAUAACAAAAAAUCUUCGCGGACAUUCGCUGACCAGGGGAUUUGUCGCAUUUCAUGUUUCAGGAACGUCUGCGGGUGUAUGUGUCUGUGCGCGUGUGCUUGUGCUUGUGCGAGUGGUUGUAUGCUGGGUUUUUAUUUUCUGCAGCUAGAGUGUUACCGGCCGGCAUUUUAAGGAAGUCUCAUGCUCACGUUCACGUUCUUUUUUUUUUU